AUGUCGAACCCUGAAGACUACGCCGUCGGCUGGAUCUGCGCCAUCAGCACGGAAUAUGUGGCUGCGCUGAGCCUCCUCGAUGAGAAACACGAUACGCCGAGCAGCGUCGCCGUACACGACAACAACGACUAUACCCUGGGCAGAAUCGGCAAGCACAAUGUUGUUAUUGCUGUUCUUCCUGACGGGGAAUAUGGAAUAGCCUCUGCCGCCAGCGUUGCCCGAGACAUGCUGCAUAGCUUUCCAAACGUCCGAAUUGGGCUCAUGGUUGGCAUCGGUGGAGGCGCCCCGAGUCCAAGCCAUGACAUCCGCCUGGGUGAUGUUGUUGUCAGUGCUCCCCGUGAUGGCAUGGGCGGCGUCUUCCAGUACGACUUUGGCAAGACGAUUCAGAACCAGACCUUUCAGACAACUGGGUUCCUAAACCAGCCGCCGAUGGUUCUGCGAACAGCAAUGGCCGGGCUGAGGUCACAGUACGAAAGCGAGGGGCAUCAACUCCAUGCCACAAUCCGCGACGCACUCGAUAAAAAGCCACGGCUUCGAAUGAAGUAUUCUCGACCAGAUCAAACCAGUGACAGACUGUAUCAGAGCAGCAUUGUCCACCCUAUCAAUUUGAAGGGCACUUGCGACAUUGUCUGUGGCGACGAAGUCAUCAAGCUGGUAUCACGUCCUGUCCGGGAGGAAGACGAAGACAACCCUGCCAUUCACUAUGGCCUCAUUGCGUCCGCAAAUCAACUGAUGAAAGACGCCGUUAUGCGUGACACGCUGGCUGCCGAGAUGAACGUCUUAUGCUUCGAAAUGGAGGCAGCUGGACUCAUGAACCAAUUUCCGUGUCUGGUCAUUCGAGGGAUAUGUGACUAUUCGGAUUCGCACAAGAACAAGGAGUGGCAAGGAUACGCCGCAAUGACAGCAGCGGCUUAUGCAAAGGAUCUUCUCUGUCGCAUUCCGCCGAACAAGGUCGAGGCUGAACAGAAGAUCAAAGAUGCCUUGUCCCACGGAGACAGCCUGGGACUGGCCAAUGGCUUCUAG